GGCGGCAGCGGCAGGAUGCGGGCGGGCCGCGGCGCGGCGGGCGGGGAGGCGGCGGCCGAGGAGGAGGCGGCCGAGGCGGCCAAGCGCGGCGGGGCGGGGGCGGGGGCGGCGGCGGCGGCGGGGCGGGCGCGGGGCCGCGGCGGGAAGGGGUCCCCGAACGGCGAGUGCCGGCGCGGGGAUCCGCCGCGCAGCCCCGGCCCGGAGCCGCCCCGAGAGCCCAAGGUCUCCUUCUCCUGCGGCGGCGGCGGCGCGUCCCCCGGCGGGGCCAAGGCGGCCGAGGAGGGCGCGGGCGAGGAUGCGGGCGAGGAGGCCCGCGGGAGCCAGGCCAGCUUCAUGCAGCGGCAGUUCGGGGCGAUGCUCCAGCCCGGCGUCAACAAGUUCUCGCUGCGGAUGUUCGGCUCCCAGAAGGCGGUGGAGCGGGAGCAGGAGCGCGUCAAGUCGGCGGGGGCCUGGAUCAUCCAUCCCUACAGCGACUUCAGGUUUUACUGGGACUUCACAAUGCUGCUCUUUAUGGUGGGCAACCUGAUCAUCAUUCCCGUGGGCAUCACCUUCUUCAAGGAGGAGACCACGGCGCCCUGGAUCGUGUUCAACGUGGUCUCCGACACCUUCUUCCUGAUGGACCUGGUGCUGAACUUCCGGACGGGGAUUGUCAUUGAGGACAAUACAGAAAUCAUCCUGGACCCCGAGAGGAUCAAGAAGAAGUACCUCAAGACCUGGUUUGUGGUGGACUUUGUCUCCUCCAUCCCUGUGGACUACGUCUUCCUCAUUGUGGAGAAGGGCAUAGACUCGGAGGUGUACAAGACGGCCCGUGCCCUCCGCAUCGUCCGCUUCACCAAGAUCCUCAGCCUCCUGCGGCUCCUCCGCCUUUCCCGGCUCAUCCGCUACAUCCACCAGUGGGAGGAGAUCUUCCACAUGACCUACGACCUGGCCAGUGCAGUGAUGAGGAUCAUCAACCUCAUCGGCAUGAUGCUGCUGCUCUGCCACUGGGACGGCUGCCUCCAGUUCCUCGUGCCCAUGCUGCAGGAUUUCCCCCAGAACUGCUGGGUCUCCAUCAACGGGAUGGUGAACGACUCUUGGAGCGAGCUGUACUCCUUUGCCCUCUUCAAGUCGAUGAGCCACAUGCUCUGCAUCGGCUAUGGGAAGCAGGCACCCGAGAGCAUGACGGACAUCUGGCUGACGAUGCUGAGCAUGAUCGUGGGGGCCACCUGCUACGCCAUGUUCAUCGGCCACGCCACUGCCCUCAUCCAGUCGCUGGACUCCUCCCGGCGCCAGUACCAGGAGAAGUACAAGCAAGUGGAGCAGUACAUGUCCUUCCACAAGCUGCCCGCUGACUUCCGCCAGAAGAUUCACGACUACUACGAGCAUCGCUACCAGGGCAAGAUGUUCGACGAGGACAGCAUCCUGGGGGAGCUCAAUGAGCCCCUGCGCGAGGAAAUUGUGAACUUCAAUUGCCGCAAGCUGGUGGCCUCGAUGCCGCUGUUCGCCAACGCAGACCCCAACUUUGUCACGGCAAUGCUCACCAAGUUGAAGUUUGAGGUGUUUCAACCGGGUGACUACAUCAUCCGCGAGGGCACCAUUGGCAAGAAGAUGUACUUCAUCCAGCACGGGGUUGUCAGCAUCCUCACCAAGGGCAACAAGGAGAUGAAACUCUCCGAUGGCUCCUACUUUGGAGAAAUCUGCCUGCUGACCCGCGGCCGGCGCACGGCGAGCGUCCGGGCGGACACCUACUGCCGCCUCUACUCACUCUCAGUGGACAACUUCAAUGAGGUGCUGGAGGAGUACCCCAUGAUGAGACGGGCCUUUGAGACCGUGGCCAUCGACCGCCUCGACCGCAUCGGGAAGAAGAACUCGAUCCUGCUCCACAAAGUGCAGCACGACCUCAACUCGGGCGUCUUCAACAACCAGGAGAACGAGAUCAUCCAGGAGAUCGUCAAGUACGACCGGGAGAUGGUGCAGCAGGCGGAGCUGCAGCAGCACACGGCCAUGUACAGCCCCGUCCAGCCCCAGGUCACCUCCGCCAUCGCCACCCUGCAGCAAGCCGUCGCCAUGAGCUUCUGCCCGCAGAUGGCCAGCCCGCUGGUGGGCUCCAUGGCCCUGGGCUCGCCCCGCAUGAUGCGCCGCUUGCAGUACGCCCAGGCCGUGCCCAGCCCCUUCGCCGUCUCCCCCGUCUUGCUGCCGCAGAGCCCCCCGCAGCAGCCGCAGCCCCCCGCGCCCCACGCCAACCCCUCGCCCUCGCAGGACCAGGCCCAGCCCGCGUCCCUGCCCGCCUCCACCAGCGCCUUCGCCGCCGCCGCGGCCAGCCCGCCGUCCCAAAGCCCCCUGGCCAGCCGGACGUUUGCCUACGGAGGUGCCCCGGGGCAGCUGGGCUCCCAGCUCUCCCUCAGCCAGCAGCAGGCGCCCGGUUCACCCCAGCGCCUGGCCGCCCACAAAAGCACACAGGCGCUGCACACCAGCAGCCUCAGCCAGGAUUCGCGGCCCUUGUCAGCCUCGCAGCCCUCCCUGCCCCACGGGCUGGCAGCCGGCAGCACCCAGAGCCCCCCGGCCUCGGCCCGCGAGUCCUGCGCCUCCAUCGGCGGGAGCCCGGCUGUCGCCUCGCCGGGCCCCGGCCCCUCGGCCGGAUUGCGAGGCCAGGCAUCCUCGCGGGGGACCCCAGCUCACCCGGCGUCCACGGGCUCGGUGCACGCGGGGCCACCCGCCCUGCCGCAGGACUCGGCGGCGGCCCGCAAGGAUUCGGCGGCCGGCACGCCCGACACGGACCCGGCCAAGUCCAGGCUGUCUUCCAACUUGUGACCUCCGUGCCACGCCAGGCGCGGGGAUGAGCGCGCCGGAGGGGGCUGCGGCAGCGAGCCCCGUCUCGUCCCGUGCUCGUCCUGCGCCGCCCUGCCGAGGAGCGUCGGGCGAGGGCCACGGCCGCCCCGCCGGCUGCCUCCCCCCACCGCGGGGCCAGCCCCGCUCCCCGGCUUCCUCCCUCCACACGCUGCAGAGCGGGGCAACAGUGGGGGGGGUGGAUACAGGGCCUCUGCGGCCCCCCCACCCACCGCGGGGACACGGCGGGGAGCCGGGCUGAGCCCCCGGCUGCGUCGCCGCCGACCAAAGUCUGGCCCCAUCUCCCGCUCCCCGCGGCAAAGCCCUGCUGCCCCCAGCCUCCCCGGCUGCCCCAUAGAAGCCACAGCUGCAUCAUCCCCCCCAUGAUCAACUCUGUAUAUGAUAUAUAUGACCUGAAUACAUACCUGUAUGUGUGCAUCCGCAGGACACCUCCCCGGGGCUUUAGGCACGCCUGCGCGUGUCCCAGCCUCCCCUCUCACAGGCCCAAGGCGAGGGGUGACGGUCCAGGACUGGAGGUAAGUUGGGGGGUCUGAAGGACGGUCGCCCUGAGGCUUGCAAGCACCCCACACACACGCUGUCCCCCAACCUGACCCCCCCCCAGCCUGGGGGGGGGGUGGUAAAUGCAGCCCGACCUCCCCUAGUCAGCAUUAGGAUGGAGAUAAGACGCUGGAGCCUGGGGACCUGAGCCCUGGGGCUGCCCCACGGGCAGUCGCAGCUUUAAGGCUGGGGAAGGCACACAGCAUGUGUACCAGCAUGCUUGUGCGUGUGCACUGACGGACGCGUGUGCGUACAGGUGUGUGGGUGCAGGGGUGCGUGUGUGCGUGCGCACGUAUGCCCCUCUGCCUAGCACUCCGGAGCCUUCCACAUUGAAUGUACGCAGUGACUGCGAGCGAGGGGCCACACGCCAGCCCGGCGCCCUGUAGCCACGCAUCCGGCGGGACAGGGCCCCGCUCCAAGCGUCCACCUUUCCAUCCAGCCCAUCCUGUGCAAUAAACGUCAGCAGCUGACAGAGCUA